AUGCAAGUACAGUAUACGUGCUAUGCUAGCUGAAGGUGAAAUCAUGGCAAGUACAUCGCUGUGUGCUGCUAAUACAUCAGCGUCUCAGAAUCUUUCAGAAAAUAAAACCACACAGUGUUCCUUUUCCAUUGAAAGUAUUUUGGGAUUGGAGCAGAAAAAAGAUGGCAUUCCUGCAGUGAAACCUCACAGACCAUGGAUGGAUGCAUGCACCAACUUGGUUUUAGGUGAUGACAGUAAUUCCCAUCUGCAAAUCCCUGUUGUUUCCUAUGAAAAUUCAUUAUUUCAUGCUAACAGUGAUCCAAUGCAAGAGGAAAAAGUUUUGAAAUGUGAAAAAUAUUUUUCAGUCACUGAAAGGCUAUCUUUCAAACGAGAAUUGAGCUGGUACAGGGGUAGAAGACCAAGAACUGCUUUCAAUAGAAACCAGAUUGAAGUCUUGGAAAAUGUUUUUAAAAUGAACUCCUACCCCGGCAUUGAUAUUAGAGAAGAACUAGCUCACAAAUUAGACUUAGAUGAAGACAGGAUCCAGAUCUGGUUUCAGAACCGUCGUGCAAAGCUGAAGAGAUCACACCGAGAAUCACAGUUUCUAAUGGUGAAAAAUACUUUCACCUCCAGCCUGCUAGAGUAGAAAGGAUGGUUUGCCACUAUACUACUACAA